AUGGUCAAGGCUGUCGCUGUCGUCCGUGGUGACUCCAAGGUUACCGGCUCCGUUGUCUUCGAGCAGGAGUCCGAGUCCGCUCCCACCACCAUUACCUGGGACAUCACCGGUAACGACGCCAACGCCAAGCGUGGCAUGCACAUCCACACCUUUGGUGACAACACCAACGGCUGCACCUCCGCCGGCCCUCACUUCAACCCUCACAACAAGACUCACGGCGCCCCCGAGGACGCGAACCGCCACGUCGGUGACCUUGGCAACAUCGAGACCGAUGGCCAGGGUAACUCCAAGGGCACCGUCACCGACAAGCACGUUAAGCUGAUCGGCCCCGAGAGCGUCAUCGGCCGCACCGUCGUUGUCCACGGCGGCACCGACGACCUCGGCAAGGGUGACAACGAGGAGUCCCUCAAGACUGGCAACGCCGGUCCCCGUCCCGCUUGCGCGGGAGUUGCGGGGCUGGUCCUUGCACUGUGA